AUGUCCAUUGCAUUGACCUUGGUCGAAAAGCCUUCAAGCCUCAAAGAGAUGGCCCGUGGUUUAUCUCUCCGAGGAUUUAUCCGAAGGACAUGUCCUUAUCUGAUACGAAUUGAUAGCAGGGACUACCUCACUGUGGCUCAUCAGUCAUUCAAAGAUUUCCUGUUGCGUGUUCAGCAAGUUCAAGUCCGUCAGCAAGACGAGGUCAAUCCUUUCUAUCUCGAUUUCGAAAAGGCAAGUCUUCAAUCCGCCCGCGACUGCAUGGUCUAUCUGGGAUUCGAAGAUAUUUCCCAAGAGGCAGAGGAUCCCUGGCAGAAGGACUUUACCAUCGAAACUUUGGCCCGGCUUGGCCCUAAACAUCCAAGGCGAGGCUUCGUCUACCCCCCGAGGGUGCAGUUCUUAUCGAAAUAUUCUUUCAUUGAUUACGCCUCGCAUUUCUGGGUAUCUCAUGUAUAUGGGCAAGAUGGCGACCCCCAGUUCUACCGCCUCUUCAAACGAGUUAUCACCAAAAAGAAGAACUACCAGGCCCUUUGCUACUUGUGGGAUAAUGAACGGCAAGCGACCGAACACCCUCCUAUGUAUCUCGCUUUUCAGCAUGGCUUGUUUUCUCUAUUGGAAAAGCUAGUUCUGGAUGGACAUGAUAUCAACGCGCUUAUUGACGGGUGUCACAUCAUUCAUAUGCCGGAAACGGAUGGAGACCUCGAGACUCUGAUCCGAUUGGGAGCAAACAUCAACGGCCAGGAUGACACAGGACAGACCCGUUUACUACGUCUCAUAAGGGAACUGAAGCCUGACAUUAGCGAAGGGGAAGAGGGACAUCUGAUCCACAAUGGCGAAACCUCUGGAUCCAGUGAUGCGCAGGCAAUUCACGCCAUCCGAGAAAUCAGGGCAUGGCUGAGAAGGAGUCAUAUCGAUAUCAACCUCGGAGACAACUGGGGGCAAACGCCCCUCCAUGCCGCAGCAGUGGUUGAUAGCAAACUUGCACCAAUACUGCUGAAAACGCUUAUGUCUCGUCCAAAUGUGGAUAUCAAUCCAGAGGAUGAGCUUGGACGUACACCGCUCACUUGGGCGAUGCACUGCGGGAAAGAAUCGACGGUCCACAUAUUGAUGCAAACUCCAGGGAUUGAUAUCUCGAAGGCGAGAAUGCAAGGGGAGAGCGCUCUCAUCAAUGCUGCCCAUCAAGGAUGGACGCACAUUGUGAUUUCGCUUCUGAAGGAUUUGAAUCACCUCGGGGACUUUGUAGAUGUCCACGGACAAAACAUCCUCCAUUGGACGAUCUUUAUGGGGAUGAUGGAUGCCUUUGAAAUGGCGCUCGAAAAGGAUGCUUCGAUUCUGGCUGGCCGCGACACAAGAGGCAUGACCCCUCUCCAUCUUGCCGCCUCAGAGGGACAAUUUCAUGCAGUCAAGCUUUUGCUAGCUCGCGGUGCUAACCCUUUGGACAAGACAAAAUUUGGGGAGACUGCUCUCCACUUGGCAGCAGCUGGAGGCCAUCUUAGAAUUUUGAAGGCUCUGAUUCAAGCGUUGCCAUCAUCAUCUCCGAUUAACGAGAAAGAUUCGAUGGGAUGGACCCUGGCUCAUCACGCCGUUGUGUCUGGUAGUGACCAGCUUGUGAGAUAUAUCGUCUCGCUUAAAGAGGUAGACUUGACCAAAGUUGACCGACAUGGUCGAACCCCAUUUGCAUUUGCAGCAUGGCUUGCCUCAUUCAAUAUACUCGACAUGUUCUUCCAAGUCAACACAGCCUCGGCGGAUAUGGAAUUCAUGGACGCCUUUGGGAACACUUUGUUACAUCUGGCUGCGCGAGGGAACAAUGAGUCGACACUUCCGUAUUUUUUGAAGAAUCUUCCAGACAAGGGAAAUCUGCUCAAUCGUUGGGAAAAGACUGCCCUCGACAUGGUUCCGUCGACAUCUCCUUUGAGAAACCAGCUCGUUGCAUCGGGCCUCCACCAUUCGCAGAAGUUUCUGACAGAAAUCAAAACUUCUCUGCUGGACACGACUCGUGAAGAAGAUCCGCCUUUACAUCUAGAUUGGAUAGUCACGGUUCCCCCGGCACCAGAGGAUGAUGCAACCAUAGCAUCUAAAGCAGCGGCGGAUGAUGGGAUACGGGUUGGGUAG